AUGGCGUCCUGCUUCUACACUAACUUCGUGCCCACGCUCUUGCAUGCACUCUUUGUCUUUCAAGCCUUGGAAUUCUGUUAUUCCCAUGCCUUAACCAAUGUAAGCUGUAUUGACGCUGAGAGGGAAGCUCUUUUAAACUUCAAGCAGGAUGUCAUCGAUCCUUCGAGAAAUUUGUCGUCGUGGACCGGCAAACGUUGUUGUGAGUGGGAAGGAGUCAAAUGCAACCAUGGGACUAGUCAUGUCUUGCAGCUCAAUCUAAUUGGUCGUGGUCUGGGAGGUCGUAUUCCUUCUACUAUCGGUCAAUUAGCAUCUCUGAGAUAUUUGGACCUCUCUUAUAACAACUUGAGUGGGAACAUCCCAGAAAGUAUUGGGCAGCUUCGCAAUCUAGAGCUGAUGCACUUUGGUCCUAUUCCUUCUACCAUUCGUCAAUUAUCAUCUCUGAGACUUUUGGACCUCUCUUCUAAUAAUUUGAGUGAGAACAUUCCAAAAAGUAUUGGGCAGCUAUCCAAUCUAGAGCUUAUAGACUUUAAUAAUAAUCGAUUGGAUGGAGUUGUUAACGAACUUCACUUGGCAAAUCUCACCAGCUUGACCAAGUUGAGUUUUGGAUGGAACGAGCUUGUUAUGAAUGUGAAAUUUGAGGCCAAGGACCUUGAUAAGGAGCCUGAGGAGAAAGAAUCCGAAGAUGAGUACUUGGAGGAGAACCCUGAUGAUGAUCUCAAGUCUGACCUGGAUGAGGACUGA